AUGGUGAAAGAUACCGGCACAUCCAUAGCAAUGGACUGGCUUGCCGCGAUGCAGCUCACCAACAGCGGAGGACAGAGUGCCAGAGGCGACGAGAUUCGAUGUGGACGACUUCUGGACGCAAAGCAUGGAUCCUUUAGAAUAGUGUCUUGUGGCAGCCCAUAUCGUGUGAUCGGAGUGAGGAACAAAACGGAAUGCGUCAAGGAUGGCAAAUAUGUCAUUGGAAGCGUUGUUAUGUACUCGUGCAAGCAAUAUUAUGAUCUGAAGGGACCGAGGUUCCGGACUUGCACCAAGAGAGGACAGUGGAAACCACUUCACACGCCUUUCUGCGAACCGAUCUGUGGGAGGAAGGUGCAUCAGCAGCCGUUGUUGGCGGGUGGAGAGCCAUCGGACAUAGGAGAAUGGCCGUGGCAAGCUGCCGUUUAUGAUGCGAAGAAGGAUGACCUCCUAUGUGGAGGGGCUCUCAUUCGGGAGCAAUGGGUCUUGACUGCAGCUCAUUGUGUCACUGUUCCUUACUCCCUCACCGUUCGGCAACCAAAAGAGUUCAAAGUCCACCUCGGGAAACACUAUCGGGAUAUUUCCAAGGACGACGAAUUCGUGCAGAUCAAACAGGUGUCUCAUAUCAUUGUGCACGAGGAAUUCAACUGGCAGAACUUUGACGCUGACAUUGCCCUGUUGAAAUUGGGCAAACCUUCCGUGUUGACCUCGCGAGUUCAGUUGGUAUGCCUCCCGUCCCAAGACCAUCUCUCACAAUUCCCUACCGAGGAUAGAAUGAAAGGAUGGGUUGCCGGAUGGGGCUUAAACGCCUCCGAUCUCUUCACGGCCGUCCUGACGGAGGUGCAGCUCCCGGUUAUGUCCAAUCUCGAAUGUCGUCAGGACGUUACCCGUUUAACGGGGGACUCCAAACUCACGGACACCCUCAAUUCAAACAUGUUCUGUGCUGGUCAUGAUAAGGAUACUCCUGUUGAAGAUUAUCAAACCGUGUGUCCUGGGGAUUCUGGAAGUCCCUUGGUGGUCCUUUCCCCCGUCUCUGACGGCAACAGUUGGACCGUGUUCGGGAUCGUGAGCCACUACUUCAGCAACAGGCAAAUGUGCUCCAUGAGGCUCCCAGGACAAUUCGGCGUCUUCACCAGAGUCAGUCGGUUCAUCCGGUGGAUCGAGAUGGCGCUGUGGAAUGUCAUCUCGUCACCUUCCCCUUUUAUCUCCAAUGCUCCAAGUAGUUAUAAAAGCCCCAACGUGAAUGCAAGCAGUCUCUGUCCGCACCUGGAAGAAUCUGACGAAAGUUCCACUUGUCCCAAUUCAUUCCUGAGGGAUUCCGAAUGCCAAAGGAAUUCUCGGGAAACGGGAGAGAAAACUAGAAAUGCAACUUGUAGGCUCUGUGGUCCGUAUUUCGGUGAUGACAUCAACGCCCCUGGCCCGUCCUGGAAUUUCUUCUACGACAGUGCCCUCAUCCCCGACGGCUACGUGUUCGCCAUGGCAACAAACGACGAGAUUCGUUUCUUGAGAAAGCUGAACGGGUCCUGGACGUUCCCUGCUGCAUCCAGUGCCUGUGAGGCCGACGGCCGCGGUCACCUGGUCGCGGACGACCGAGGUCGAGCCUGGCACGAUCGAAUCGUUCUUCAUAUGGGAUCCGAGGAUACGUGGCUCGGGGCCGACGAUAGAGACGAGGAUGGUGCGUUCACCUGGGUAGAAGGUCGGUUCCUUUUCACUUAA